AUGGGUGUGCAUAUUUUCGGAAAGUCGAUCAAGCAUAAUGCCUUGGUAAGAAUUGGUUUAGCUAAAAGAAUAUUCGGUAUUGGUUAUCAAUCCGCAGAGAAAAUAUGUGCUAAAGUAGGUAUAUACCCUCAAAUGAGAAUGAACCAGUUGACUGAACCUCAAAUUAUGUCCAUCAAUAAGGAAUUAUCCACCAUGACUAUUGAAGGUCACUUGAAACAAAAGAUGAUCGACGACAUCAAGGCAAAGAGAAGAAUCGGUUCUUAUGCCGGUAUAAGACAUGCCUUAGGUUUGCCAGUUCGUGGUCAAGGUACUAGAAACAAUGCCAACACUGCGAAGAAGAUGAACAGGAUAGAAAGAAGAUUCAGGUAG